AGUGGUUGCUUUACAUUAAUAUUUGUCAGCUGUUUAACACUUUUGGUGUUUUAUUAUGUAAUUGUUUUUACUGUUUGUUAAUAGGUUUUUUUUACUGUUAGUGUAGGCAUUAAUACGGAUAAACCGUAUUCCAUACACAAAUAGUAGUACAUUUAUAAGGCUUACUAUGACCAUACUGCUGUCGAGUGUUGAUGAUGACCAGAAUGUUGAGGGCACAGUUAAUUGAUGGCGAUGUAAAUGUUCUCCGUAGAACGAGUGGACUAUACUGGGCAAUAUUACUGGUUACCGUAUUUCACUGUGAUAACCGUACUCGUCCUGGCCUCUUCAGAUCAGCGGUCGGAUUAUGCUACAAUCGUCGCCCACCUGCUCUAUUUCUACCCGUUGCGAGUAGUAGUUCGAAGAGAUUGUUCAUUUCUCACAUGCUCUGUCCAGUGACUGACAAUGUCGUAGGUAAACGACCACCAUCCAUUCCCAGAACAAGUAGAAAAUCAGUGGCUCUCUUGCCAAUUCACCGUGUCGAGCGGCCGACAAACCUAACCUUCAUCAGGUUUCUUUCGGCAACUAGAACUCGGAUUUUUUUGUGUUUCAACGUUCAUCAGGGUUCGUUGGGAGCAAGAACUUGGAUUUAUUUGUGUUUCAACCUACCCCACAGUGCAGAUAUAUUUAUUUAAUGUUUAUUUUACAUUUAAAGUUAUCCAAAAAUAUUCCAAUAAAUAUGAAAUAUUGAUAUUGUAUAUAAUUUUUAAGGUUUAUUAAACACUGUCAAAACAUUAGUUGAACAGAAAAAAAUGUUUAUAUUUAAUUUAAAAAAUGAUAUUUUAUGAAAAUUUACCACUUAUGUUGAUUAAAUGUUUACAACCCAUGUCAAUAAAUGUUAUGCAAACCUUGA